AGAAUAGAGCAACGCCACAGCAGCGCGCGCAUACUCCUUUAAGAUGAUGUAAUUCUUUAUAACCCAUUAUGUUUUUCUUUUUUUCCCGCCCGCACCACUGAGGCAACAGCAGCUGAGGCAGUUUCCCGGCGACACAGCCCUGAUCGCGCCGGUACAGAGACGGGAUUUCAGGAUCUUCUUCACUUUAAAAACCAACCGGCGCGCAAAACGGGGUUAAUAUUUUACCGGAGAACACCGACAGAUUGGAUUUGUCUGUAAACAGCUGGAUUUUAUCGAUCAAUCCAUUCCCAGUAUUCUGUGCCAUUUUGAGCUGAUUUUAACUCGCACCUGGGACAAUAGGAAAGCGGCUAUCUUUAAACGUCUCAAACGUGUGUCUGGAAUAUCAAAAAAGUUAAGAUUCGAACCACAGCUUAACUUGUUGGGAACUUUGGAACUGAUUUAGAGUAUAAAUGUUUUGUUUUCACUGGUGCGUGGAUAAAUCAACAUUUUGACUGAAUACUGACAUUGUAGAGUUGAUACUACAACUCUAGUUGUUUUAUUGUAUGAAAACGUAUUGCUUUUUAGAUGCUUGAGCCAUGCCUUUCUCCAUCUCCAUCCGACGCUUAAUCUGGGUGGCAAAGGAUGCUGAGCAACCGAUGCUCUUACGCAAGGUGCGAGUCUCUGGUGAGCGCGUAAAGCUCGUUCACGGAUGAUGCGCCCAUUGGUUGUUUGGUCUUCCUAUUCUCUGGACGUUUUUAUUUGACAGAAAGUAUCCGACCUGUUAAUUUCGUUGAAAUGCAAUACCUAUUGGCAGUUACUGUUUAUAGUGAUUUGUUUAAUCAGCUCUCUAAGCAAUAGAGCGAAGUUUCCGUCGUUUAUUUUGGUGGUAAUUUCGAGGAUUUCUCGGCACCCAUGACCGAAACAAUGGCGUUAAGUGGAAACUCUCGAGCCCAGCCUACAGCCAAAGACCAAAGCUCCGUUCAAAACAGUUUCCCCGACGUUAUUGAGCUUAACGUCGGUGGCCAAGUGUAUUAUACCCGCCACUGCACGUUAAUAAGCAACCCGGGCUCCCUUCUGGGAAAAAUAUUCUCUCCUAAAAAUAACGCGUCUAACGAUCUCGCCAGAGAUCCCAAAGGUCGUUACUUCAUCGACCGGGAUGGGUUUUUGUUCAGAUAUGUUUUGGACUUCCUCCGAGACAGGCAAGUCGUCCUCCCCGAUCAUUUCCCCGAGAAGGGACGGCUGAGGAAAGAAGCGGAGUACUUUCAGUUGCCCGACUUGGUUAAACUGUUAACCCCGGACGAAUUGAAACCGAGUCCCGACGAAUUCAUCCACAGCGAUUACGAGGAUUCGCAAGGAAGCGACCAGCGCGUGUGCCCACCGCCGUCGCUCGUUCCCGCCGACCGAAAGAGCGGGUUCGUAACCGUCGGAUACCGUGGAUCGUGCACGACGGGCAGAGAGGGUCAAACCGACACCAAAUUCCGAAGGGUGCCGAGGAUUAUGAUAUGCGGGAGGAUCGCGUUGGCCAAAGAAGUUUUUGGAGAGACGUUGAAUGAGAGCAGGGACCCGGAUAGGACACCGGACAGAUACACGUCCCGCUUUUACCUCAAGUUCAAACACCUGGAGCGCGCGUUUGACAUGCUCUCGGAAUGCGGCUUCCAGAUGGUCGCGUGCAACUCGUCGGUGACGGCCUCGUUCGUCAACCAGCUCACUGACGACAAGAUAUGGUCAAGUUACACUGAGUACGUCUUUUACCGUGGCCCUUCUCGUUGGUCUUCUCCACCUUGCGACUGUUGCUGUAAAGGUCACAAAGGCGAUGGCGAAGGUGAGAGUGGGACGUCUUUCAAUGAGCUCUCCACCUCCAGCUCUGAAAGCCACUCUGAGGCCAGCUCCCCGCAAGGUACCGUCAUCCGUGGCCCGGUCAGCCGGCAGACGCACGUGCAGACGUUGGAUCGGCCUCCGAAGAAAGGCCCCGUUCAGCAUCUUCUCCAACAGCAGCAGUCUGAGCACCGCCGCAAGAGCGAUCUUCUGCGAACACUCACCGCCAGCUCCCGGGACACGAGCACCAGCAAGAAGCGGCAGGCGAAGGAAAAGCUGACCGUGGAGGAGGAGCUGGAGAAGUGCAUCCAGGACUUUCGCAAGAUAAAGAUUCCGGAGCAAUUUCCCGAACGCAAGUACAUGUGGCAGGCCGAUCUCCUGCGCAAAUACCGUCUUUGAAGGACGGAGACGUGGGGAGAGCAUUUUUAAGACUAAAUUUGAAGCUACAAUGAUGUACGUGUUGUAACUAUCACUACCACUAUUGCAACUAUCAAAAUACUACUGCCUCUGACUUUACUUUGAUAUCAAUCUUGGUGAGUUACAAUUGGUUAACAGUUUGGUUCUGGCUUAAACCAGCAUGAACUGUUGCAGACUGGUUUAUGCUUGCGAUACUGGUUGAAACCAACAUAGCCAUGCUGUCCACAAACAAAAUCUAGUAACAAAAAUCGAUCACAAAUUAAACUAGUUAAGAAACUGGCGACCUGUUAAGCAUCUUUUCAGCAGGGUGGACUGCAGAUUCGCUGACAGUUUACUUGUAAGCACAUGCAAUUUUGUAGAUUUCCAGAGCAAUGUAAGCAUUUUUCGCACAGCUACCUGCCCCUUCCUUUCGGGUUUCCCUUGUUGAGUUCAAAUUUGUGUGCGAUAGUGCGUUUGUUACAAGAGAUCUUUCGACAUCGCUAUGUUAGUGACACUGAGAUUGAGUUGAGGUGGCCGAGAGGUUGAACGAUGAACAUGUAUCCAACUCAUAAAUAAUUCAUGCACUCCCAACUGUGCCCUUUCUAAGAAUAGCCACUGCCCUGGCACAUGGGAGAGAGGGUUUCCAUUUCAACACUUACAGAAGCACAGGAGACCACAAAGCCAAAUCCGUUUCCCCCUUUUUGGAUUUUGCAUGCUCCAUUAACGUAUCUUACUGUAGCUAAGCUACAAUCAGUGACCCUUUCAGAUCCCUCAAGAUCCAGUCAUGGCUUAGAAAGGGGUUGCGGGUGGAAACUCAAUAGCGUCACAUUAAGCUUUUGAGACUUGACUUCCUGAAACAUAUUGAUUAAAGCACAUGAUAUUCCACAGGGGAGUGAGUGAUGGCUUACGUUGGGAAAGAGUUUAAAGGUUGAGUAUGGAAUGUUUGGGAAAAUUACUGAAUGGGAAAAGAAAUAUAAUACUGUAUACACUGAAAUACACAAACAUAUAGAGUUUGGAAGGUUGUGCAAUGUCUUCUGAUAGUAUAAGGACAAUAGAGUUAAUAUUUAUUUCAUUUUGAUGAGGUACAUAAAUGAUGCUGAUUCAGAUGGUAAUAAUUAUAAUAAAUGGUGUAUGGGUGUUGUGAUUAAUCGUGGAUCCAGAUUAUGGAAAGCAUGUUGGGUCAUUUUUAGACACAUCAAUAUCAGCUUACACGCUAAAAAUCCUGGAUUAUUUUUAACCCAGUGUUGGUCAAAGAGUAUGGAGCCCCUAAAGGGACAUGGAGCAAAAAUUAAAUACAGUUUAGUUUCGUGUGCGCACGUGAAACUAUCGUGUCCGCACAUGAAACUAUCGCAUCUGCACGUUAAACUUUUGCUUUCACAUGCGCCCGAAACUAAACUUUAGAUUUUUUUUACUCAAAAACAGGGACCUGAUUGAUGGGUUAAUUUGAGAAAAUAUUUAUGCUGCAUUUUGUGUUAAAACAACCCAGCAUAGAUAUAAUAACAAACAAACGUGUUGAGUCCGUCCCUUUUUGACCCAGUGUUGGGUAACCCAGCAUUUUUCAGAGUAAGAUAUAUUUUGUUUUAUGUUGUUUUGCAGAACUUGCUACUCAAGCUGUAUUUAUUAUGACUAAAACAAGUAAUGCCAAACUCUGAUAUCGCAAAAAUAUAAUAAUAAUAUACCAUGAAUAAUUUUUUAUGCUACUGAUAUGAAUUUUAAUUUACAUGUAAUAAUGGUGGAAGUGGGAAAAUUAUGAUCUGCCUCUCUAUUCAUUUUCUGAUCUUUCAUUAUCUUUAAAAGUUAUAACUUCAGGUAUAACAACAUGACAUUAGUUUACCUUAAAAUAUAAAUUGUGGCAUGGGCUAAAACAACCUAGCAUACAGUAGGUUAAAUUACAGUGCGUCUUUAAUAUGAUGGCCUUUUUAAAUAUGUGAUUAAUUCAUUAUCAAAAAUAUGGCUAGACAUUCAAAGAAAUAGAUAAUAUUCAUGCAGGCUUUGAUUCAUGUGAUCUAUUAGCAUUGCAUUCGUUAAAUCAAAAGCCGCUUGCUGCUCUGUCAAGCAAAAAAAGCAAAACAUAAAAAUGUUUAAAAAGCAAUAUAGGCUACACUGUCAGAAAAUUUUUACAAAACUACCUUUUUGAUAACUGGAGUGGUACCCUAAAAUGAUUAAUUGUUCUACCUUUUGGCGUGCAAUAUUAUACCCGACCUGUUUGUGUAUCUUAAGAAACAAUUUUAUACCAUUUAAAUUUUAGGACACAAAACAGUCAACUCUACCUUUAAAGGUAUACAAUGGGUACAUAAAGGCGGGGUGCAUGAUCUCUGAUAGGGAUGUGCAUCGAUGCAUCGCGUUCCCAUUAAAAAGACCUGUCUGAAAUUGAUUCUGAAUCGCAAGGCUCCGAUUCUGUGUUUCAUGCACAGCUUGUGCAUGUACUCUGGCUCUGUGAUCAAUAGGAAGUCCUUAUCAAUCUAAAAUCACUAUGAGUUUGACUCGUUUAUAACGUGCAUUUAAAAAAGCAACACUCGUCAAACACAAUCAUUCAAAAUAUUCUCUAUUAUCAUGAAAAUACCUGAAACAAUCUGAAGAACAGCGAUAUAAAUAUGCCCCUAGAGAUGGACCUUCUUUUGAUAGCCCCCCCAGCACAUAUCAGGCAACGAUGUCAGUUAGUAGACACGCCCCUUACUGCUGAUUGGCUACAAGUGUGUUUUGGUAGUCGGCCCGACUCCCUUUUUCAAAGUGUUUUUCAAAAAUCAUGCACCCCUGCCUUUAAGGUGAAGUAGGCACAGUAAUGUACCCAAAAGGUACAACCUCGUAUUAUGUUUAGUAUACCUGUAAAAGUACAAAAUGGAACAUUGAGGUACCACCCCAGCAACAGAAAAGGUGCCAAUUAUUAAGAUUUCGAACUCUGCAUAUUAAACAU